AACAACCAGUGGAAGCAGAAAUCCUUCUCUUGAUCCCAUUCCUAGUUUCCCACUCAGCUAAUCUGUGUUUCUAUGGCUGUGGGCAUGGACAAGCCUCAAUAUUAACCUCUAUUUGACCAUUUUCUGCAAGUUGUUUCGUUUCUCAAUCUCGAAUGCAAAAUUGGAUUUGAUUGACUGGUAAAUUAGCCAAUAGAGGUUAACUGGCCCCGGAAGGUGUUUUGGGCUAAAAGAAGUUACCGAAUUUCUUCUUAUUAUUAUUGUAAAAUGUUUACCAAUGAUAGAAGGCAAGAAGAGCGGACCGGAAAAUAUGGAACUCCAAGGCUUCAAUAUCUUCAGGAAUUGGUGACUCAAAUUCAGAACUCCAAUAAUGAAGAAACAAAAGAGAGACUCGUUGCUAAUUUGGCCAACUUUGCUUAUGAUCCAUACAAUUAUACGUUUUUGCGCCAGCUCAACGUUUUGGAGCUUUUUCUAGACUGCAGCACAGAACCCAAUGAAAAGCUUGUUGAGUUUGGAAUAGGAGGGGUCUGCAAUUCUUGUGCUGAUCCAGAAAAUGCUACAAUAAUCACUCAGUGUGGUGGAAUCCCUCUUGUUGUUCAAUGUUUAUCGAGCCCAGUUAGAAACACUGUGAAUUACGCACUUGGGGCUCUUUAUUAUCUCUGCAACAAGUCUAACAGUGAAGAGAUUCUAAAACCAGAAGUUGUAGAUCUCAUCAACAGAUAUGCUGCAGCAGAAGCAGUUAGCGUCAGCUUCAGUAAUUUGGCCAAGGCAUUUUUGGAAAAACAUGUAUCUGAAAAAUACUAACCAAUAAUAAACCAACUUCUUCUAUCUUGAGAAUUCAUCUCAAAACGAUGCAGAUUCAUGCGUAAGAUUGGUUCUUUAUA